AUGGCUGACGCAGUCAACGAUGUUUCGCGCGUCUUGGGAUUGACGUGCGCCGUUGAGAGAGAGAUGAAUGGGAUCAUUUCGAUUGAGGACGACGCUGCCAACUCGUUCGUUAUUUCCCGACAAGCCGUGCAGGACAAACUGCUUAGUCCUGUUAUCAAGGCGCUAGAAGAAGAAGAAGAAGAAGAAGAAGAAGAAGAAGAAUCAAACGACGAACCUGAUGUGACAAACACAUCUCGCUCUGCGCAGUUGGCGGAGACUGACGGGACGGCCGUAACGCCAAACUCAAGCAUCGAUGACAGUGAUAUACAGUCCUUGUCCGUUUGCACAGUUACCAUGCUAAAAAAAGCUCUGGUGGCGCUUCGCACUCAAAUAGUAGACGAGAAGGAGAUUGCAGACAAAAGUGGACCUACGAAAAGGAAGAGAAGCAUAUCGUUGAAUGAAGAUACAGAAGGCUGUUAA